GUGUGUGAGUGAGUGGAAGAGAAUGAAAAUUCACAUAAGAUAAGUUGCCAGCACAAGCGAAAAAAGGGAAGAACAGAACCAGAAAGUAUUCCAAAAGCAGAGAAACAACACAAAACGAAAGCGACAAAACUCAAAAUCUCACGUAUCAGAGAAUAUCAUAUAAAAAGUAUACAAAAACCAGGCAAGUAAAUGUAAAAGUGUUGCAAUAUUAAGCGACAACAGCACCGCUGCACUAGUCUAGUAAAGCUCAUCACGUACGCCAAGAACAAUGUAUGCCUUCGAGGAGGAGAACGAGAACCAGAAUCGACCGGAGCAGCCCCGCGUGCUUGUCAAAUGCGGUGGCUUCUCUUCCCAAUUGGCGCACAAUGUGGAUGAAAAGGUGGACGGCGACCCGUUGUGGGGCUCACGUUUCGAUGCAACCAAUCCGCAGGCGGUGAUUAAGACGCACCUGGACUUUCUGCGCAGUGGAGCUGACAUCAUAUUAACCAACACCUACCAGUCCAGCGUGGAAGGAUUUAUGAAAUAUCUGGCGCUCACACGGGAACAGAGUGUGGCCCUGAUAGAGAAGAGCGUACACCUGACGCAACAGGCCAAGGCGCAGUAUUUGAAGGAGAUUCUCCAGUCGGGCGAAAUCAUUAAACCCUUUUUCCCCCUGAUCUUGGCCUCGAUUGGCCCAUAUGGUGCCCAUCUGCAUGAUGGUUCCGAGUAUUCGGGCAGCUAUGCUGAUAAGAUAAGCAAGGAGAAGCUCCAGGACUGGCAUCGCACACGGAUUGAGACCUGUCUGCUGGCCGGAGUCGAUGGCUUGGCCGCGGAGACGCUACCCUGCCAACUGGAGGCACUCGCCAUCACUGAAAGCAUACUCGAGAACUAUACGAAUGUCAAGUUUUGGGUAUCCUUUCAGUGCAAGGACGACACCAGUCUGGCAGAUGGUGAAUCCUUUGCAGAGGCUGCUCUAGCCGUCUGGCGUAUGGUGCAAGCUUACAAGGCACAGACUCGCCUCCUGGGCAUCGGCGUUAACUGUGUGAAUCCCACCUUUGUGACGCCCCUCCUAAGAUCUCUCAAUGCAGCCGCCGGCUUGGAUCGCAUUCCGCUGGUUGUCUACAGCAAUCGUGGAGAGAUCUACGAUAGUGUACGUGGCGAAUGGACUGGAACGGGUGAAGAUGUGGCCAAAUUUGUGCCCGAAUGGGUACGACUGGGUGCACGCGUUGUGGGCGGCUGUUGCCGGGUCUAUCCGGACGAUGUGCUCAAGAUCCGCAAGUGCGUUGAUAGCCUCAACAUCGGCUACAGCGCAGAGUCACCGCAAUCGCACAUUGUUUAAAUUGAUUGUUGACUUUUGUUGUUAAUGCGAAAUGUGGUUUCAUGUUGCUAGACCUAGACCUAUUUAGUUUGCUAAAUACAUCUAUUUUUGUAUACUAUGUA